AUGUGGACACCGACCGAGGACGAGAAGAUUGGAGUGGUGGUCUGUAGUUUCCGCGGAUCUGUGUCACAUGGACUGACUCUAGAGCUUGGAGAAACGGUUCAGAUCCUGGAAAGGUGUGAAGGAUGGUACCGAGGGUUUUCCACCAAGAAGCCCACAAUCAAGGGUAUCUUCCCAGCUGGCUAUGUUCAUUUGAAGAAGGCAGUCGUCACCAACAGGGGCCAAUAUGAGACUGUGGUCCCCCUUGAAGACCCCAUCGUGACAGAGGUCACCUCGACACUUCAAGAAUGGUCUGUUCUGUGGAAGCAGUUGUAUGUGAAGCAUAAAGUUGACCUGUUCUACAAACUCCGUCACGUAAUGAGUGAGCUGAUUGAUCUGAGAAGACAACUGCUUUCAGGUCACCUGACCCAGGAUCAGGUCCGAGAAGUCAAACGCCACAUCACUGUACGACUGGACUGGGGAAAUGAGCACUUAGGUCUGGAUCUGGUGCCCAGGAAAGAGUUUGAAAUGGUAGAUGCCGACCAGAUAAGCGUUUCAGAUCUCUACAAAAUGCACCUGUCCAGCAGACACAGUGUCCAGCAAAGCACAUCACAGGAUGGUGGAAGACAAAGACACGGCGACACAUGUCGGAUGCCCGUGCCGCACCAUCUUUUCGUCAACCUGAAGAGCUUCACAUACAACACCAUCGGCGAAGACACCGACAUCUUCUUCUCUUUGUAUGACCUCAGAGAGGGCAAGCAAAUCAGUGAGAAGUUUAUGGUGAGACUGAACAAAAAUGGCGGGCCAAAGAAUCUAGAGAAGUUGGAUCGUCUCUGUGCGCUCUUCACGGACCUAAGCAACAAGGACAUGAAGAGAGAUCUGUAUAUUGUGUCCCAGGUUAUCAGGACGGGGCGAAUGUUGCUCAAUGACUCGAAGAAAGGCCCCCCUCACGUGCAGUACCGCCGGCCGUACGGAUGCGCAGUGUUAGCCAUGAGCGACGUCCUUCAGACCAUUUCUGAACUCAAAGAGGAGAAAGACUUUGUGCUCAAAGUUUACACUUGUAAUAAUGAAAACGAGUGGUUUCAGAUUCACGAGAACAUUAUCCGCAAGUCCAGCACCAAAUACACUGUCCCCAGUACGAACUACGGUCUAAUCAUCUCCCUGCAGCUGUUACGAGGUGACAUGGAGCAGGUGCGCAGGGAAAACCCCAUGAUAUUUAAUCGUGGCGUGGCCAUCACACGGAAACUGGGCUUCCCCGAUGUAAUCAUGCCAGGUGACAUCCGCAAUGAUCUGUACCUCACGCUGGAGAAAGGAGACUUUGAGAGAGGAGGCAAGAGCGUACAGAAGAACAUUGAGGUCACCAUGUACGUCCUCUACGCUGAUGGCGAGAUCCUCAAAGAAUGCAUUGGUCUGGGCUCAGGAGAGUACAACAUCAGCGAGUAUCGCUCUUUCGUCCUUUAUCACAACAACAGUCCCCGCUGGAGUGAGGUCAUCAAACUGCCAAUUCCCAUCGACCGAUUCCGAGGGUCCCACCUGCGCUUUGAAUUCAGACACUGUUCAACAAAGGACAAAGGAGAAAAGAAGCUUUUUGGCUUUGCGUUCACUCCGCUCAUGAGAGAGGACGGCACCACACUGUCAGAUGAGAGCCAUGAGCUUUACGUCUACAAGUGUGAUGAGAACACAACCUUCAGUAACCACGCACUGUAUCUGGGACUGCCCUGCUGUAAAGAUGACUUCAAUGGCUGCCCGAACAUCCCAUCCAGCCUCAUAUUCCAGCGCAGCACAAAGGAAAACCUCUGGAUUUCCACUCAGCUUUCCUCCACUAAAUUAACACAGAAUGUUGAUCUUCUAGCUUUGUUAAAAUGGAAAGCACAUCCUGACCGGGUAAUGGACAUUUUGGGUCGAUUACGGCACGUCUACGGGGAGGAAAUAGUCAAAUUUCUUCAAGACAUCCUUGAUACACUGUUUUCCAUUCUGGAUGAAAACACAGACAAAUACGGACCCCUGGUGUUUCAGUCACUGGUGUUUAUCAUCAAUCUACUUCGGGACAGUAAAUUUUAUCACUUCCGGCCUGUGAUGGACACCUACAUCCAGAAGCAUUUCGCUGGAGCUCUGGCUUACAAAGAGCUGAUUCGCUGUCUCAAGUGGUAUAUGGACCGAUCAGCUGAAGUCGUACGGCAGGAUCACAUACAGGAAGCCAUGAGAGCUCUGGAGUACCUGUUUAAGUUCAUCAUCCAGUCGCGGAUCCUCUACUCGCGGGCCACCUGUGGGAUGGAGGAAGAUCAGUUUCGGGCCAGUAUCCAAGAGCUGUUCCAGUCCAUCCGCUUUGUGCUCAGCCUCGACAGCCGCAGCUCUGAGACGCUCAUUUUCACACAGGGUCCCCAGCCUCCUACAGGACAAGCCAGUACCAACCAAGGCAGCUGCUUGCAGCUGUUGAGCUGUAAUGCCCCACGGCCCUCUCCGCUGUCUGCUGCCCUGCUCAACUCUUUUCCCGCCAUUUUUGACGAGCUCUUACAGAUGUUCACAGUGCAGGAAGUGGCAGAGUUUGUAAGGGGAACUCUGGGGAGUAUGCCUAGUACAGUCCACAUCGGUCAGUCCAUGGACGUGGUAAAGCUGCAGUCCAUUGCUCGAACAGUGGAUAGCAGGCUAUUCUCAUUCCCGGAAUCAAGGAGAAUUCUUCUUCCUGUUGUUCUCCAUCAUAUUCAUCUGCAUCUGCGGCAGCAGAAGGAGCUUCUCAUCUGCUCAGGGAUUCUGAGCAGCAUCUUCUCUAUUAUUAAGAGCAGCUCACUGGAGAGCUCAGUGCAAGAAGAGGUGGAGAUGAUGGUGGAGAGUUUGUUGGAUGUGUUGUUGCAGACGCUUUUGGCCAUCAUGAGUAAAUCUCAGUCUCAGGAGGCGGUAAGAGGACAGCGCUGUCCACAGUGCACAGCUGAGAUCACUGGGGAAUACGUGUCCUGUCUCUUGUCCCUUUUGCGACAAAUGUCGGACAUUCACUUCCAACACCUGCUGGACAACUUUCAGAGCAAAGAGGAGCUCAAGGAGUUCUUGCUGAAGAUUUUCUGUGUGUUCAGAAACCUGAUGAAGCUCAGUAUAUUUCCCCGAGACUGGAAUAUCAUGAGACUUCUGACCAGCAAUAUCAUUGUGAGCACAACUCAGUAUCUGUCACCUGCUCUGCAUAAGAGCUUUACGGAUGCUGACUUUGAUUUUAAGGUUUGGAAUUCUUACUUCAGUCUGACAGUGUUGUUUAUCAACCAGCCCAGUCUACAGCUGGAGAUGCUCACACCAGCCAAGAGGAAGAAGGUCUUUGACAAGUAUGGUGAUAUGAGAGUGAUGAUGGCUUACGAACUAUUUAGCAUGUGGCAGAAUUUGGGUGAGAAUAAGAUCCACUUCAUACCCGGAAUGAUCGGGCCAUUUUUGGGUGUGACACUCGUACCACAGAAUGAAGUGCGGAAUAUAAUGAUCCCCAUCUUUCACGAUAUGAUGGACUGGGAACAGCGAAAGAACGGCAACUUCAAACAGGUGGAGGCAGAACUGAUCGACAAGCUGGACAGUCUGGUGUCGGAAGGCAAAGGAGACGAGAAUUACAGAGAGCUCUUCAGUUUGCUAACUCAACUUUUUGGACCAUACCCCAGUCUGUUGGAGAAGAUUGAGCAGGAGACUUGGAGGGAGACUGGCAUCUCGUUUGUCACGUCUGUCACACGCCUCAUGGAACGACUGCUGGACUACAGGGACUGUAUGAAAGGUGAUGAAACAGAAAACAAGAAAAUAGGAUGCACAGUCAACCUGUUGAAUUUCUACAAAUCAGAGAUUAAUAAGGAGGAGAUGUAUAUCCGAUACAUUCACAAGCUUUGCGACAUGCACCUGCAGGCUGAAAACUACACAGAGGCGGCGUUUACUCUGCUGCUAUACUGGGAGCUUUUACACUGGGAGGAAAGACCACUGCGAGAGUUCCUGCACUAUCCUGCACAGAGUGAAUGGCAUCGCAAAGAGGGUCUCUGCCGUAAGGUCAUCCACUACUUCAACAAGGGGAAGUGUUGGGAGUAUGGCAUCCCGCUGUGCCGAGAACUAGCCUUUCAGUACGAGUCCCUUUAUGAUUAUCAGAGCCUCAGCUGGAUACGGAAAAUGGAGGCAGCAUAUUAUGACAAUAUCAUGGAACAGCAGAGACUAGAGCCAGAGUUCUUCAGGGUGGGCUUUUAUGGGCGGAAAUUCCCCUUCUUCCUCAGGAAUAAGGAGUUUGUUUGCCGGGGACAUGAUUACGAAAGGCUUGAAGCUUUUCAGCAAAGAAUGCUGGGUGAAUUUCCACAAGCUAUUGCCAUGCAGCACCCUAAUCAACCAGAUGAGGGAAUUUUGCAGGGUGAUGCCCAGUACUUACAGAUCUACGCAGUUACUCCAGUUUCAGAAAAUGUAGAUGUGCUGCAGAUGGACCGUGUACCUGACCGCAUCAAAAGCUUCUAUAGAGUCAAUAAUGUCAGACGAUUUCGUUACGACCGACCCUUCCACAAAGGACCAAAAGACAGGGAGAAUGAAUUUAAGAGUCUCUGGAUUGAGCGGACUACACUUAUCCUCACGCACCCUCUGCCUGGAAUCUCCCGCUGGUUUGAAGUGGAAAAGCGAGAGCUGGUUGAAGUUAGUCCGCUGGAGAACGCCAUUUACGUGGUGGAAAAUAAGAACCAGGAGCUUCGUACACUGAUCAGCCAGUACCAGCACAAGCAGCUUCACGGAAACAUUAACUUGCUCAGCAUGUGCCUCAAUGGAGUCAUCGACGCGGCCGUCAAUGGGGGCAUAGCCAGAUAUCAGGAAGCAUUCUUUGAUAAAGAGUACAUUAGCAGCCACCCAGAAGAUACAGAGAAGAUCACACAACUCAAGGAUCUGAUGCAAGACCAGGUUCACAUCCUGGGUGUGGGCCUUGCCGUCCAUGAGAAACUGGUGCACCCAGAAAUGCGUCCUCUGCACAAGAAACUCAUUGAUCAGUUCCAGAUGAUGAGGAGUAGUCUUUGUCAUUGUUUUUAUGUGGCCCUGCAGGGCUUGCCCGGUCUAGAGAAACUGAGUUCAGCCUGCUCAGGAGCCAGUACACCACGCGGCAUCCUUGCCACUCACAGUCCCAUGAGUCCUGAGAGUAUUAAACUCAUGCACCGACACAGUCCUCUGAAUGUGUUGGGCUCUGUCCGCCACUCCUCUUCUUCUCUCUCCUCUCACACCUCCAGUGAGACAGGAAAUCUGCUCAUACUGACCGACAGCAUGAUGGAGCACCCGGAGGACCUCUACCGUAUGCAGCCCAGUCCAUCAUCAUCCAGUUUGAGCUCGACGCAUUCGGCUCCAUCUCAGAUGAUAAACUCAGGGCACAGCAGCAUCAGAAUUGGCUCCCCGUCACUGCCGGACAGAUACAGACACAACAGAGAGAUAUUGAUGCUUCUCCCUCCACAUAGGGACCGUCCCAGCAGCGCCAUGUAUCCCAACAUAACUGAGAACGGACAGCCUGCUAACCAUCAGAGGGCUCUAUACCAUCAGGUUAUUGGUCCCUGCAAACCCUGCAGUGACCCCAAUCUCUCUGUGGCUGAUAAAGUGCUGACUGCUCCCAGCAGCUGGAGUUUGGACAGCGGCACCAGGGAUACUCUCCCGUUCCUCUCCUCUCAUGUGGGGAGUGUGAUGGCCCCGCCCGUUCCUCCCCGCAGUCUUCCUCCUGGACACUUCUCGAUGCACUUUGAUGCUUUCCAUCACCAGAUCAGCGAACUCCCUCCAGCUCUCCCUGCACGCUCCUUAAGAAAGUCUCCCCUGAACCCUAUACCUGCCUCGCCCACCAGUCCACAAUCAGGCCUGGAUGGCAGUAACUCCACCUUGUCCGGCAGCGCCAGUAGUGGCGUCUCCUCCUUGAGUGAGAGCAACUUUACCCAGUCCACUUCUGAGCCUCCAGCGCGAGCCGACACCCUGGACUCAAUGCCGAGCAGCCAGGCCUGGACCACGGACACGGAGGAAGCCGAGAGCCCCUACCUCCCUGUUCGCUACAGCAUCUCUGAGCCCGAUGUUCUGGACCCUCUCAAGCCAGCUCCAUGCCGUAGUCUUUCAGCCCCAUUAGGCAUAACCCCAGGGAUGCCCCCCGAUGGGCACCUCCACCAUCAUCUCCACCUUCACCACCACCACCCACAUGCAAUUCACAUCACCCACCCCCACUACCAUCACCACGAGCCUCCACCCGCUCUGCCCCCCAAACCCUACCUGAGGGAGGGGUGCAUCCCUGAAGAGGAUCUGAGGCCAGUUCCAAGACCCAUGCUCCGCAAGAUCUCCCAGCCUCUGCUCACUAACAAGGAGGAACAAGCCAAGGUGGCCUGGGAACAUGGCAUCAGUGAAGAAUAGAAGAAGAAUACAGUUUGGUUGACCACUGACUUUGGCGUGAUGGGUGGUCGGGUUUUGGGAAUGAUGAUGCCCCAAAGCAGUGACUGGUUUAGAACUUUCUGCUCUAGUUCCAGUAUAUUCAGUGUAGGUCUUUUAAACUUUUUUUCAGAAAUGCUUGCGAUGUUGCUGAGCUUCUACAUGCUAGUGGAAAUUUUAUGUUUUUGUACUACUUUGGUGUUGUAUGGGUGUUGCCCAGGAACAUUAAGUUCAAAGUGCUAGGACCAUGCCACUUCCACUCAAACGUUUGUGUAUUGAUGAGAUGACCCAGACAGGGUAAUGCAGAAGUAAUAGAUCCAAGAGUUUCAUGCCCUCAGACAUGUAUACAUCUCCUCUCAAGUUGUUAACACUUCAUAAUUAUCAUUCCAAUAGUUCCGAUUGACAACAUUAAGCACUUUUCCAAUAUUGGGCCGAAUGGUUCUGAUCAUGGUAAUGGUUCUAGUAGCAUUUCCACUUAAGCAUGCUUUGGUAAGGUGCAAUUACAAACUGUUCCUGGCUCAGAUUUCUCAGCACAGUAAGCUAACCAUUCUCAGGACACAGAACCAUGCUGGUGGAAUGGCUUUAGUAUGUGGCAACUCACAACUGGUCACUUGCUCAGUCAGUUUAUUGGAUGCACUAAACAGCACUACAGUGAAAAACUAAACUGUAACCGUGCCAACAAGACCAGAUCAGAAUGGAACGGCAUGGAUCCAUAAUGAGAACCAUUCAGCCGUGAAAAACCAUCUAUACAUCAUCAAAUUAUUGAGUGUUGACAAACCUUGCAGGAAAUUCUAUUUGGGGUGCACUUUAGUACUCAAACUUGGAGCACCAAAAAAAAAAACUUAUUUGAUUUAACUUUUUUCCAAAAUGAUCAUUUAAAAAUAUGCUAGCAGAGACUGGUUCAGUGGUUUCUUAGAUGGCUAAAAUUCAAAUUAAAGGUGGGGUAUGUGAUUUUCUUUUUUGACCAUUUUUUCAAAAUAACUUGAAAUCCUAUUCCUAACCCACUUACUGGCUGUAAAUUAGAAGCACUGAAAUGAAAAUUAAGCAAUUUAAUCAUCUGUGGAACGGGCAGGACUCGAAAAACUCCAGCCGAUCAUUUUCAAGACCAUCUAGAAUCAUUGGACAGAAAAUGUGUCAAUCAAACGGUCGUACCAUGCCCCC